AAACAGCUCCCCACACACACACACACACACACACACACACACACUCCCACAAUUCCCCUAUUCUUUAUGCACCCAAAUCUCCCCUUUCCACACCAACAACAACUCUUCUUUCACUCUCUCACUCCCCUGAAAUCUCACUGUUCUUGCCGGAAAAAAUAUCCCCACUUUUUUUUCACACAUUAUCUUCUUCUUUUCUUUUCUUUUUAGGUCUAAAAUUUUGUAAUUAUUGUCGAAAUAUACACUCAUUUUUUGUGGGAAAUCUUGGAUGAAAUGUGCAAUCUUGAUAACACCCCUUAUGGGAUUUUAAUUCUGGGUUGUGGGAUUUCUUGAUCUUUGUUUUCAGGGUUUUUGGAUGAUGGAGAUACGAAAUUGGGUAUAAGGGCUAGCGUAUUUCGGUUUCAAAAUCACAAUGUGAUUGGUAAAGUUGGGGAAUUUUUGGCAAAAGUUUUUUUUUUUUUUUAUGGUUGGUGUGAUGAUGGUAGCAGCUGUUUCUGGAGGAGGAGGAGGACCUUCAACUGCCCCACAAGGUUUGCAAACCCCUAAAACGACGUCGCACGACGAGGCUCAAGGCAACCAGAGGCGACCGCCAUUGUUGCCCUCGGAGAAGGACAACAAUGGCGUUACCAACAACACCAAAAGGCCCAAAUCAAAAGUUGUCUCUUCAAGGUAUAUGUCUCCUUCCCAUUCAACAACCUCCACCUCCAAUUCGUCUUCCGCAUCUUCGUCUUCUUCUAGACGGUUUCCCUCCCCUUUAGUAGCUAGGAAUUCGGCAUCGCCCGCUCUAGCGCCGAAAAGGUCUGUAUCGGUGGACCGGAGGCGGCCUGGAUCGACGCCUAGGGCACUGACGGCUGAUCUCGAUGCUAAACAAGGCAAUGCCGGUGAAACUUCGGCGGCUACAAAGCUGCUGGUUACUGCUACUCGGAGUUUAUCAGUUUCCUUUCAAGGGGAAGCUUUUUCGCUCCCAAUUAAGACUAAAAUCGCCCCACCUUCCCCUAAUUUGAGAAAGGGCACUCCAGAGAGAAGGAGGAGUAGUACACCGUCGAGAGGGAAGGUUGAUGGCGGCGGAGAUCAGGGGGAGAAUUCUAAGCCCAUUGAUCAACAGAGGUGGCCGGCUAGGACGAGACAGGUGAAUCCUUUGUCUAGAAGUUUAGAUUGUAGUGGUGGGGAGAGGAGUAAAAUAAUUGGAUCUGGAAAUGUCAUCAGAGCAAUGCAACAGUCAAUGAUUGACGAGAGAAGGGCUUCGUUUGAUGGAAGAUUAAGUCUUGAUUUGGACAGUGCUGAGCUUUUGAAGGGGGUUCAUUAUGGGGCAGAUAGGAAUUCAGUGAAUAACGAGUCAUCUGUGCAUUCUGAUCUUACUGCAUCUGACACUGAUAGUGUUUCUUCUGGUAGCACUUCCGGAGCACAAGAAUGUACUGGUGGGCUUUCUUCCCGUUUAAAAGGUGGACCUCGGGGGAUUGUUGCUUCGGCUCGUUUUUGGCAAGAAACAAAUAGUAGGUUAAGGAGAUUGCAAGAUCCUGGGUCACCUUUGGCUACAAGUCCUGGUUCUAAAUUGAUUGUCCCACCAAAAUUGAAGAGAUAUUCUAGUGAUAUUCCUAUGUCAUCGCCGAGAACAAUGUCAUCGCCUAUUCGAGGGGGCAUUCGAGCUGCCUCACCCAGUAAGAUUAUGUCAUCAUCUCCUUCACGAGGAAUAUCUAGUCCUUCCCGGGUCAGAAAUGCCGUUAGCACAAUCAAUACUAACUUUGUCGAGACACCUUCAGUUCUUAGUUUUGCUGUUGAUGUUCGGAGGGGGAAGGUUGGUGAGAACAGAAUUGUGGAUGCUCAUUUGUUAAGACUUCUGUAUAAUCGGCACUUGCAGUGGCGUUUUGUAAAUGCUAGGACCGAAGAAACCUUAUUGGUGCAGAAACAUAGUGCAGAGAAGAGCCUUUGGAAUGCUUGGAUAACAAUAUCAGACCUACGUGAUACAGUCACGAAGAAAAGACACAGGUUACAGUUGUUAAGGCAAAAGUUGAAGCUCGCAUCCAUUCUCAGGGGACAAGUGACGGAGUUAGAUGAAUGGGCGUCUUUAGAUGAAGGCCACUCAAUUUCUUUGCUUGGGGCAAUUGAAGCUCUGAAGGCUAGCACUCUUCGUCUUCCCGUCAGUGGAGGAGCAGUUGCUGACAUUCAAAGCUUAAAAGAGGCCGUUGGUUCUGCAGUUGACAUGAUGCAGGCAAUGGCAUCUUCUAUUUGUUCUCUUUUGCCAAAGGUUGACGAAGUGAAUUCUCUGGUGAUCGAACUCGCAAAAGUGACAGCGAAAGAGAAGGCCCAACUUGAACAGUGCAAAGAUUUAUUGGCCGCGUUAGCAGCCAUACAGGUUAAAGACUGUAGUUUGAGGACACAUAUUUUACAACAAAAUCGUGUACGGAACAGCCUGACAUGACUUGUACAACUAAUCACUGUGACUACUACUACUCCUAAUGCUAACCUAGAUCUAAACCUUUUGGGUCCAAUGGUGGAGAUGGCGUCGGAGACUGACUGGUUUUGAUUCUCAAUAGGGCAUUCUUUUGGGGAAAAUAAUUGCAGUCGCUUUUCUGCACUAUUGUACCUUAGCAUCCAGCUAGAGGAAAGAGGGAUUGAUUUAUAAGCUAGAUAGUUGUACAAAUGUUUAUUUUUUUUCCUUUUCCUUACUUGAGGAAAGGAAAAAAAACUGAUGUAUAUAUCUCAUUAUCUUAGUUUUCAACGAACUAGUCAUUCAUUAAUCUUUUAAUUACCUUUGGCUCCCAUUACUGGUUUAUUUGUUUGUGCCUGUAAGCGAUAGAAGCUAAAGUUUCAACCUUGUGUAUGUAUAUAUCUUUUAC